UCCGGACAUAGUCGGAGUCGGAUUUGUUAGAAACGAAUUCUGAAAACAGCUGAUAAAAAGGGAUUCAGUUUAUUUUAUGUAUUGUUAAUCUUCGGGCACAAAUAUGGCAGAAAUACAAACCCUUAUGGAGAUGGGCUUCCCAAAAGAAAGAGCGGAGAAGGCUUUAGCGGUUACUAACUUCAAGGGUGUUGAGCCGGCUAUGGAGUGGCUGCUAGCACAUGCUGAUGACCCUGUGGAAAGCGUUGGACAUACGAUUGGCUCGAGUUCACAGCCAGAAGCGACUGCCGCCGAACCGGCGACGGCCAAAGAGGCCCCGCCGGCGUCUGAAGCCCUGGCGGCUGAGGCGAAGUCUUUUAAAUGUGAUGAAUGCGGGAAACUUUUUAAGAAUCAGGACGAAAUGGAGUUCCAUGCGGCGAAGACCAAUCAUAGCAGUUUCUCAGAGUCCACUGAGGAAAAAAAACCCCUCACGGAAGAAGAGAAGAAGGCCCAACUUGCACUACUCGAGGAGCGAAUGAAACAGAAGAGAAAGGAAAGAGAGGAAAGGGAUAAGGCUGAAACACUAGAGCGCGAGCGACUGCGCAUCAAGUCCGGCAAAGACAUGCAGGAUGCGAGGUUGCGCCUGCAGGAGCAGGAAAUGCAGAAGCUGGUAGAGCAACGCCGGCGCGAGAAGAUAGAGGACCAAAAGGCGCGCGAACGCGUGCGGGCACAGAUAGAAGCAGACAAGCAGGCUCGGAAACUAGCAGCAUCAGGGCAGCCUAUCCCGGAGGCGGCACCGGCACCGGCGCCGGCGCCGUCACCGGCGGCCGCGCCGGCCGCGUCCGUGCCGCGCCCGAGCUACGAGCAGGCGCGCAUACAGCUGCGCCUGCCCGACGGCUCGGCGCUCGCGCACACCUUCGGCGCCAAGGAGCAGCUCGCCGCCGUCAAGCUGUACCUACAGAUGAACUCACAGGGGUACGCCGCAGACGACAGCUUCAAGCUCAUGACCACUUUCCCCAAGAAAAUAUUUACGCCCGAAGACUAUGAGAAACCGCUCGAGUCACUAGGACUGGUACCAUCUGCGGUGAUUAUAGUCUCUCGAGGUCCAUAAAAUGACUAAAUACAAUCAUUCUCAUUUUAUAUUUAUAAAAGCAUUUGUAUUAAUUCGGGAUUAUAUGAACUAAGAUAAUGGUGGUUUAUUAUUACUAUGACUAGUAAAUAAAGUGUCUUGUUUCUAAUCUU